AUGACGCUUUGUCAUACAUGUGGGGAAAUCCAUCGGUCACUCAACCUAUCACUGUCGACGACGACAAAACGUUCCCAGCUACUGUGUCGCUCCAGACGGCCCUUCGCCAUUUGCGACUGCAAGACGGAGUACGGCGUUUAUGGGUUGAUGCAUCGUCAGGUUGCUGUGAUGAAACGGAUCUACGCUAAGGCCCGAACUGUGAGAGUGUGGAUCGACGUCAACCUGUCUCCGGAUGAUGGUGCUGUCCGAAAGCUACUUUCCCUCUCUUCCCGCUCCACAAUGGAUGAUCUCGGAAACGAUCCAGUAUUCUGGGAGCCUCUUAUCCCAUUAUUCCAAAGCCUCUACUGGGAUAGGCUCUGGAUACAGCAAGAGCUGCUUUUCGCAAAAAGACUGGAAUUUCACUGUCAUGGAGUGAAUAUUCCUGGUAAUAACCUGAUGAAAUUCCAACACUUCGUCUUCCAAAAAUCGUCUCUUGGCCGGGGACCUUUCGACCCCCUCUCCGACUGGGCAACCUUCGGGAAGCAACCACCAGCUGAAUUGCAGUUUGAUCCAAAUAAGUGGGGUCCUGCCUUCAGCGCGAGCCCAAUAUACAUGCUAGGAGCACUAAGACAUGUUCGAGAUCUGAAGGUAACAGAACCAAAAGACAGAGUUCACGCUACACUUGGCCUUAUUAUAGACUAUGAGGGCGCCAAUGAGGUCUGGAGCUAUGAGGAAAGUCUUACAGACAAGUACACCCGCAUCGCCUGGCUGCUCAUUCUCAAAUGCAACAGUCUCCGUUUUCUGGCUGACGUUAAGCUCACCGAGAAGCCUGACCCAACAGUGAUUGGGUUGCCCUCCUGGGUACCAAACUGGAAUCCCCCUGGGAAUGCAGCUUUCUUCCACGCUUCCUUUCGCGCAGCAGGCGAUAUCCCUAUGUUUCCUUAUCCGCUAGGAGAACACAUGGAAGAGAGGAUACUGAAUGCACGGGGAUUUCAGUAUGAUUCAGUACGCCAAACUUUAGGAACUAGAGAUAACUCACGCAUUCCACUUUCUCAACUGUUCACCUUUUCAAUAUCGGCCCUCGGUUCUUGCGCAGAUCUUUCUAGAUAUUUCGAUGACCUUGCUUCGGCCCUUACUGAACCGUCCCUAGCCAAGCUGCAGCUAUCACAAUCCUACUUCAGACAGACUGAAAAGAUAUUCUAUCUUUACGUUCUUCACCACUAUGCUUUCGCUACUCCUGGGCUUCGCAUUGCUGAUAUACUUCCCUACGAAGCAAUCGUUUAUUCCCAAUCACGUGAAGAUUGGGCCGGUUCAAUAGAGAACUUGCAGAGUUUUCAUGACUUACUACCCUCGGAUUUACGCACGCUUGAUCUCAAGAAACUAUCGGACGUCAUUCCGCAAAGCCUAGAUCAAUACCAACGCUUUGGGCAUUUCAUCACGUUGAUAAGCCAGACUCUAGGUUCCGGAUGUCUCAUGUCAUCAACUUCAUUCCAUCUUGGUAUAACCGAACGCAUGGCGGCAGUUAAGGCAGGGGAUGAAGUAUGGAUAUUAUUUGGCUGUCCAAUACCCAUGAUUCUUCGACGUGAUGGAUCUGCUUACGUCGUAGUAUGUCCUACUUAUGUUUGCAAUAUUAUGGACGGACGAGCUGUCGAAGGAAUAUACAGCCCUGACCAGUUCAAUAUGUGGCCUAAAGUGUUUCGUACGGGCUAUUUUGCGAAGCCAUCAAUCCACAAGAACUCUUAUGUUUCAGGAAAUGGCAAAGUCUAUGUCAAAGUUAUCAAAUUGAGAUAG